CGAUGACAGACGCGAAACGAGGAUACUCUUUGGAAGAAUGGUCGAUGAUUUGUAUUAUUUUUGUUUGUUUGGAGAAGAUACCGUUUUGUAAGAAAAGUGAAAUUGAUCGAUUUUAUAGAAUACAGUCUUCUACCUAGAAUUAACAUUCGUGGAAAUAGAUGAAACAUUAGCCGCAAGUAUCGAGUUGUUUGCAAUGAAUUCCGUGCAUUUUGUGUGGUGUGCAGUGCUCGCGGAUGGCAUUUACAUACACUGUAAUACCGAAUGUUAUCAAGAAAAAAGAAGAGAGAUAAUUUUUUAUACCGUAACUCUCGCUUGGUUGGUACGAUGUCGACUGAGUAACUAUACAUAGAUAUAGAUACAUGCCGCUGUAACAUAGACUCUUUAUAAUUAAUUGCUCAGUACUAGCUAUAAAAUAAAUUCAAUACCAAUUUAUUAAUAUAGUCCGUAAGGCUAAUGUCACGAUUAUUUACAUGGUAAUGUUAUCAAGAAAUAAUACAAUAAAUAUUUUACUUCUACCAUUGGAACAAUUUAUUUGCAAGGUUCCGAUCGUUUGCGUUUGUGAAUCGUAAAAAUCUUAUCAGUGAUAUGUAACACUUAUCAAAACGUGUAUAUGUACAAUAGCAAAGUUGCGACGCUAUUGGGUGCGAUAAGCUUGUGGUUCCUUAUUUUUUCCGUUUUCAAACGAAAUACAUUUCUCCUUUGUCCUUUUUCAUCUUCUUCAAAUUCAUUCAUCUAUUCUUGUCAAAGCAUAUAAAAUGAUAGCGAAGCAAAGGAAAGGUGUAGUUUUGUUAGAGUUAUAUCAUCUGAUAGUACUAAGAACAUCGUUGUUUAAACUUGUUAUACAGUAAGUGACGAAUAACUAACGAAUAACGAUUCGAGGAAAAUUACCUCGUAUUUUGAUUCUAAAGUUAAUACUCAAAGUUUUAUUAAUAAUGUAUAAACAAAUUUCUCUUCUUUGUUCAUCAAUGUAAAUAUAGUUUUUAAAAAAUAUUUCUAUAUUGCGCAGGUUAAAAUCGAAUCGUAACAUAUAUGUAGAACGUAACAGUUUAUAUAAUUGUAUGUAAUUUACUGUGCAUAGAAACGUUCAUUAUUCGAUGUCACAAGACUGACCUUUUAUCAUAACGUUUGUUAUAAUGUCAAAAGGUUUUUGUGUCAACUUAUGAACACUUUGUAAAUUGUAUUUCCAUCUUUGAACUUCGAAGUACGAGGUGCGUCAUAUGCGUCGAAUGGAUCGACCGAUUGUUUAUCGCUCGCUAAUUUAUUUUGACGCUUCAUCGUUAAGCUUUUGAUUGUAAUCUUUUUACAGAUACGUUUGCUUAGGAAGUCAAUUUGUACGAUUAUUUAUAUAUGUAUAGGUUAAAACAUACAAAUGACAGAAUCAAGGAGGAAAAGAAAAGUGUGCGUAGUGGGGGCCGGUGCAGCGGGUCUUUGCGCAGCUAAACACUUGGCGGAAAAUUCAAAUUUCGAGAUAAAAGUUUACGAACAAACAAACGACGUCGGUGGUACAUGGGUGUACAAAGAAGUAACCGGAGUCGAUGAGAAUGGUUUGCCUGUUCACUCGAGCAUGUACCGGGAUCUCAGAACUAAUUUACCGGGGAAGAUAAUGAAUUUUCCUGACUACGUAAAAAUGAAGGCCGAGGAACCUUGUUGCGUGACACACCAAGAAGUUCGAAAUUAUUUACAAAAUUACGCUGAACAUUUUGGCUUGCUUAAACAUAUUCAGUUUGGUACAAAGGUAGAACACGUUCGUCUAAAAGUCUCAUCCGAAGGUGAAGAAACGUGGGUUGUACGAGUGAGAACUAUAAAAACGAACGAGAAGAAAGAGCUCGUAUUUAACGCCAUAAUGAUUUGUAACGGACACUACUUCGAUCCUUACAUACCACCGAUACCAGGCAUCGACACUUUCCCAGGAACGAUAAUACACAGUCAUUCGUACAGGAAACCAGAAGAUUUUUCCGGGAAGACUGUCUUAAUUUUAGGUGCAGGUGCCUCUGGGACCGAUAUUGGAAUCGACUUGGCUAAACACAUAGUCCGGGUCUAUCUCAGUCACAAUAACGAAAGGUUGACAAGCGUUUUGCCAUCGAACGUAAUUCAAGUGAUGGGCGUGGAAAGAAUAGAAGGAGAAAAAAUUUACUUAAAGGAUCAAAGCUUCGUCACAGCGGAUGCGUUUAUGUUUUGUACCGGAUAUCGAUACAAUUUUCCAUUCUUGGAUGAAAGUUGUGGCAUAAAAGUGGAGGACAAUUACGUGACUCCUCUGUAUAAACAUUUAAUUAAUAUCGAUCAUACGACGAUGUGUAUAGUUGGAAUACCGACUAUUGUUAUUCCAUUUCCCAUGUUUCACGCGCAAGUGCAAUACUUCCUCGCGGUGUUAGAAAACAGGGCAAGUUUACCGGCAAGAUCGAUCAUGUUGGAAGACUCGAAGUUAAAAGAGCAGAAAAAAAGUCACGCGCAUAGGUUGAUGGAUAAACAAUGGGAAUACAACGAUACGUUGGCCGAUUCCGGUGGAUUCGAUCGUUUGCCAAAGUUUUAUAAAAUCGGAUAUAAAAUGUGGUCAGUUCAGAGGAAAGUUAAUUUGUUGAACUACAAGAAGGCUAGAUUCGUGAUAUCCGAAGAUGGAGAAAUUGUUGAAUUUGAAGUAGCAAAUUAAAGCGUAAAGCGAGUUUUGAAAAUUCAAA